CUCCCGCGACGCCUCGCCCAGCUACGACUACCGCCGGGGCCGCGACCGGGACCGCGAGGACUCGUACCGGAGGAAAGGCAGCAGGCGUAAGCACAAACGAAGGCGGCGUAGAACCAGGUCCUAUAGCCCAUCGUCCUCGCCCCAGGAUUGGGUAAGUAUGAACCUCCUUUGUUUUAUGUUCUUCUUUUUGUUGACGUUUUUGUCUUUUUUUGAAUAGUGAUAGUCCAAGUCUUGACCUUCAGUGUUUAUUAGCCCCAUCUGUAACAUUAUAGCGAGGCUCAAUCCAGUAGACGUUAAUGUUAAUGUAAGUAGUAAAUAGGCUUGUUGGGAGAGCCUCUGUAAGUAAUAUCUCAUAACUCUCAUCCAUUCUUAAUCUUGCUCUAUCUACACACCUAUUUAACUCUUUCACCCAAAAAAAAAAGAUUUUUUUAAAAUGAAAGUAUGCUGUUUUUAAUUUUAUGUCCAUUCUCCCAUUAGAGCAAGCUUUUUCUUUGGAGAAGUGUAAUAGUUGUGAAUUAGCAAUGCCUUUACUCAUGUGCUCUUCUAUGAGUAAAUGUUGAUGCAGGUUGCUUUUUGUGACUUUGCUAGGCAGAGGGAUGAGGGGGAGUUUGAAAGCAAGCAAGCAAGAAGGGAGGGGUAAAAUGUUAUCUUUGACUUGAUCCCUUGCACUAUAUCCCUAUCGUUAUAUAUAUCUCCUCACGUGGUGUCAUACGAAUCGCCCCAUGACCACCAAACCUACCUACAACAACUACAACACUGCUCAUCUUCGUCGCCGUGGCUACGGCUGCCCCCCUCCACUCUCCCCGCUCCGCCCACCUCCCCUCCUCCCUCUGCGGUCGUGGCGUGACCUCUGACCUGUGACCCUGGCCGGGGCCGAAGCAGCGGAGUGACAGCGGGACGCGGGCACUGUGUGUGAGGGACGACGAGGAGGGUCACCUGAUCUGUCGGAGUGGCGACGUCCUGCAAGAGAGAUGUACACACUGCCACUACUACUACUCCUCUACUCCUAUAUCGUAACCUUUCUCCCUAUCAGUACCAGCACACAGCAGACACACACAGGGGAGGGCAGGAGGUCAUGAUCAUGAUGUUGGUGGUGAUGACGAUUGCUGUCGUAGAAUGUUCUCCCCUUUUGCCGGAACAGGCAAGGGGGAAGGCAUGUCCAACAUGUCUUUAGUAGCUCCUUUAUUUAUUCUUUCUAUGGGGUUGGGCUGUUUGUGUUGCUGUGUAGAAGAAUUAUGAUCCUUUUUAAUUCCUGACCACCAGGUUUCCAGAUUUAGCUUUUCCACGUCUCCAUAAUGUGCGUUUUAUUCUGGUCUUGUUGCAGCUUUUGGCUACAUCAAGAUUCACAUUGCGCCUACAUCGAAUGCUGUCAGUCGUUUAGAUUUAAGGAUAUGAUUGCUAUUUCCAUAGUGACUAUGCGCAUAAUUUUUAGUUUUUAAAGUAGUUUAACAUGUUCCCGUAAACUUUUUAUCUAAUAAAAGCCGCUUAUGCAUCUACAUCUGAUUUUUUUUUUUACUUAAUAAAAAAAAAAAAACGAAAUGCAGACUAUUUUUGUUGGAAAAACGUGACGUUUUUUCAAACCAUGUUUACUUUAUUCCUUUCAGCGAUUCUGUGCGUAUUAUUUAUAUUUAUUUUUUUUAAGGUUAACCCAAAUAGAUUAGUUUAUUUAUUAAAAAGCUUGUUUAGGAUUGCUCUUUAAAUGCGCUGUCUAAUUGUUCUCUUUACGUCUUCCCCUCUCCUUUGUCUACGUCUUGUUCCCUCUAUUUGUCUCUUAGAUGAGAUUGUCAGCACUUUGGGCGAGGGCACCUUCGGGAGGGUGAUGCAAUGUAUUGAUCAUCGCAGGGGUGGAGCACACGUCGCUCUGAAGAUCAUCAAAAAUGUGGAGAAGUACAAAGAGGCUGCACGGCUAGAGAUCAACGUACUGGAACGAAUCAAUGAGAAAGAUCCUGAGAAUAAGAAUCUGUGUGUGCAGAUGUUUGACUGGUUUGACUAUCAUGGCCAUAUGUGUAUCAGUUUUGAGCUGUUGGCUCUCAGCACUUUUGAUUUCCUGAAAGAAAACAAUUACCUGCCCUAUUCCAUCAGUCAAGUGCGUCAUAUGGCCUACCAGAUCUGCCUAGCUGUCAAGUUUUUGCAUGAAAACAAAUUAACCCACACAGACCUGAAACCAGAAAACAUCCUAUUUGUCAACUCUGACUUCACAAUUACAUACAAUGUGGAGAAGAAGCGAGAUGAGCGUACUGUGAAGAACACAGCGGUGAGGGUGGUGGAUUUUGGCAGCGCUACAUUCGACCACGAGCACCACAGCACCAUUGUUUCCACCCGGCACUACAGAGCACCUGAAGUUAUUUUAGAAUUGGGCUGGAGUCAGCCGUGUGACGUGUGGAGUAUAGGCUGCAUCCUCUUCGAGUACUACCUCGGCUUCACUCUCUUCCAGACUCAUGAUAAUCGGGAGCAUUUAGCCAUGAUGGAGAGAAUUUUGGGCCCUGUUCCAUCCCGGAUGAUUCGUAAGACUAGGAAACAGAAAUACUUUUAUCGCGGACGUCUGGACUGGGACGAAAACUCUUCAGCAGGAAGAUACGUCAGAGAAAACUGCAAACCUUUACGGAGAUAUCUUCUGUCUGAAGCUGAAGAGCAUCACCAGCUGUUCGAUCUGAUCGAGGCCAUGCUGGAGUACGAGCCGACGAAGCGUCUCACUCUGGCUGCGGCCCUGAGGCAUCCUUUCUUUCAGAGCACCAUCAGCAGCGCUGAACAGAGCGCCGGAAAGAGCUGGGAGGGGAACCGCGACAUCAGUCGGUGACAAUGACCUUCGUCUUUAACCAACGUCUCUGUCUUACGCCAAAAAACCCCUGAGGACUCGCAUGCCAAGAGAGAUACGAUGAAGCUGAACUGACAUUGGAUUUUUAUAGUGCAAGAGAAAUUAAAUGAAGCAGUUGGACAGCAUAUGAUUUCUCGUCAUCUUCCCAUAAUGUGAGAACAGCUCUGUGAGCAGCAGGAGAAUGUGAGGAUAAACAUUUGGAGGGUUUUUGAAUAAAUAUGCCCUUCAAGUUCAGUUCUUCCAGCCCUUUGUGGCGAAUGGUAUUUUUGGACAGCCAUAAGCAGAAGGAAUGUGAUUUGUUGGGGAAAAAGCAUUAACGUAACACUCCAUUUGAGAAAGAAACUGACGAAACAAGCAUCACUGUUACAAAAUAGUUAUCGGGCAAAUACGUUUUGUGCAUUUUAGCCCUUAGCUGAUAAUCGCAGAUGCAUUACAACACACACUGUUUGUAUUCAGUUCAAUUGAAACCAAGUAAAGGAGCAGCAGUGUUCUGGUGAUUGUGACCCUCAGCACACGUUUACAGUAUUUAUUUAGUUAACCGGACGUCUCAUUUUGUGUCUUUGUAUGGAUUUGAUUGUGUACAUUUGUAAAUACGAAUAAAUAUAUGUUGUGACUAUAGAAUAAAGGGCCUGUCUGUUUGCUUGCUGUGAAUGUGUAUUCACAGCAGCUCUCCAGGCAAAAUGUUUUUACAAUCACAACGUUCUUGUCAUGUCAUUUCUAUAUUGACUAUAUUGUAUGUGUGCAGAUGAUAUUCUUUUGCUGAAAUGAAUUAAACUUUUGGCAAUUAA